CACAUCACAAUUAGUAAAGCUUUUAACAGCGCGGUGGAAAGACGUCUGUGACAUUAUAGAAAUUGCAUUUAUUCGAUAUUCCAGUGCUAACCGGUGAACAAAAUGGAAUUAAAUUUUCUAACAACUCUUAUAAAGCAUGAUGUGAACCAUAAUGUGAAACAGUGCUUUAAAUCGAAGAAGAAUUUCAUUAGCAGAAAGGAAGAAGUAAUGGCAAUCAAAAGUAAAUUUCCAACAAAAAUACCGCUCAUCGUUGAAAGAUAUCACAAGGAAAGAAACCUUCCAACACUAGACAAAACAAAGUUCCUCGUACCCGAAGAUAUAACAAUGUCUCAAUUCCUAGUUAUAAUUCGCAACAGAAUAAAAAUUAAACCCAAUCAGGCGCUGUACCUUAUAAUCAACAACAGGUCGAUGUUAAGCAUGAGUCUCACUAUGUCACAAGCAUACGAAAUGUACGGGGAUGAAGACGGAUUCCUUUACAUCACGUACGCAUCACAAGAAGUAUUUGGAUACCAAGACAAUAUGACGGGAUCAAACAAGGAGGUUCAAGUCAUAAGGGAUAGAUUUCCAAACAAAAUUCCGUUGUACGUGGAGAGAUACGCAAGGGAACGAGAAGUGCCUAUAUUGGGAAGAAACAAAUUCCUAGUCCCACAAGAGCUUACGAUGUCCCAAUUCCUCUAUAUCAUCAGAACGAAAAUGAAAUUGAGAGACUCACAGGCCCUGUAUCUAUUGGUGAACGACAAAGCUCUGGUCAGCCACAGCAUGACCAUGGCCCAAGCUUACGACCAAUUCCGCAGCGAAGAUGGCUUCCUACACAUAACAUAUGCCGCGCAACAGGUCUUCGGAUGAGAGUAUUUUAUUUUCUAAUUGGGCGUCGUCAAGCUUAAAAGCAAGUUUAUCAACAUCUUAUAUAAAGACUGAUAGUAUUUAACGAUUUUACAAUUGUGAUACAAGUAGCUUAAGUUUUAAAUUAUAACCAAGUUAAUUAAAUGUAUUUGUAUAAUGUAAUGGCAGGUCCUAAUGUUAAAAUACUUAUUAUAAUCAUGUUUUAAGGUAUGAUAUUUUAUGAUUAUUGUAUGUAGAUCCAGCGAUGUAAAAAAUAGAUUUGCAUCGUAAAGUUAGAGCUAUUUUUUAUUCCGCUGUUAUAUUGCUAAUGAUUUUAUUAUUUGAAUUUUAAUUAAUGCUCUAUAAAAAAGAUUUUAAAUAUUAUGAUCUCAAAAAUGUAUAAUGUUCGUAAUAUAAAGCUUCCAGUUAUAUUUCUUACGUUUUUAAUCUUUGACAUUUAAGUAAUUGCUAAUUAUAGUUGUAAUAAUGUUGAAAAAUGUAAUUAAUUAUAAGCACCUAGUUAUGUAUAACGUAUAAUAAUAAUUUAUAAUGUGCCAUAGAUAAUAUGUUAAAAGGAAUGGUCACUCGUAAAUAAAAGAUGUAGUUAUUUAAAAUGUUUUAUUGUUUGAAAUUUUUAAUAGUCUUAAUAAAUAAUAUUCUUAAA